GAAACUGAUAUAAGGGGACCAAUUUUGACUGAAUUAGUGCAUGAUGUGAAGAUAUGGAGUACUAAAGGUUGCACCAUCAUGACUGAUGGUUGGAUGGAUAGGAGAAAUAGAACUCUCCUUAAUUUUCUUGUUUCUUUCGUAGGUGAUUGAUUAAUUUUAAUUACAUUUAGUCAUUAAUUUUUAUUUUUCAUUUAAUGAUUUAUUGAAUGAUCAUUGAUCUUGCUUUAUUUUUUAUUUCAGGGGGCACUGUUUUCAUCAAGUCCAUUGAUGCCUCCGCACAUUGCAAAAUGCCACAUUCCUGUGUGAGAAAAUAGAGAAGGUGAUCGAUGAGGUGGGUGAGGAGAAUGUGGUGCAGGUAGUCACCGACAAUGUAAUUAGCAAAUUAUGUUGCUGUAGGUAAACUUUUGAUAGAGAGGCACCCAUCUAUAGUUUGGACUCCAUGUGUCGCCCAUUGCAUUGACCUCAUGUUGGAGGAUAUUGGAAAACUCCUAUGGGUUAAGAGAUGUGUGGAAAGGGCGAGAAAUAUUUGCAAAUUUAUAUAUAAUUAUUCAUGGGUGUUAGCUCUUAUGAGACAAUACAUAGAGUAGAGGGAGGUAGCUUGUCCUGGAAUCACCAAAUUUGGCAUUAACUUCAUUACAUUACAGUCCAUGCUUCGCUGUAAGGCGGCCUUGACACGUAUGGUUGUUGGUGAGGAGUGGUCUUCCUCUUCCUAUGUUGUUACCCCUGCAGGGACAGAUAUGGCAGAUUGCAUUUUUUAUGAGGAAGGCUUUUGGAGUCCUUGUGAUGAGAUUGUGAAGUUUGUUAAGCCCUUGGUGGUUCUCCUGUGAGUUGCGGAUGGAGAAAAACCUGCAAUGGGCUACAUAUAUGAGGGCAUGGAUAGGGCCAAGGGGGCCAUCAAAUCCGUCUAUGCUGGAGAUGAGAGAAGGUAUCGUCCCAUUUGGGAAAUCAUUGAUAGGAGAAGGCAUAACCAGCUUCACAAGCCCAUCCAUGCAACAACAUAUUAUCUGAAUCUGGCAUUCCAUUUCAGCCCCACUUUCAAGGCUGAUGAGGAGGUUCUUAGUGGGAUUUACUCAGUCAUGUAGAGGAUGGCACAUGAUGGUUGUUCUCAGAUAGAACUUAUGGAAGAGAUACAGUUGUUUUGCAAUGCUCAAGGGGAGAACUUCUCUCGUACUAUCUACAAAGAAAGUAGGACAUCUAUGAUGCCAGAUAAUUGGUGGAGCUUUUUUGGCCCAAAGACACCAAAUCUUCUGAAGUUGGCCAUUCGCAUUUUGAGCCAACCAUGCAGCGCGUCUGGUUGUGAGCACAAUUGGAGUAUAUUUGAGCACAUACACUCCAAGAGGCGCAAUAGAUUAUCUGUGGAGAGGAUGAACGAUCUUGUCUUUGCCCACUACAACCUCUGCCUCAUAAUGAAAAGGAAUGCAUCGGCUGACAACUCCCCUAUCAUUCUAGCUGAGGUUGAUCCUAAAGCCGAGUGGGCCACUGAGACUGAACCUGUCUUUAGUGACGACGACAUUGAUUGGGUCGACCAGGCAGAUGCAGAGGCUGAGGUUGUAGCCAUGGGAGAGGAGGAGCAGAGAGAGGCACAAUAGAGCCAAAGGCAGAUAGUGACACAAAUAUUCCU